AUUAAUCAGCUGUUCUUGAUUUACUUCACAGACAGAGAAAAUUUAUCAGUAUUCAAUAUAAUUUCUUUAAAGAAGUAUAUAAUUAGCAAAUUAAUGGCGCAUAAGCGUUUAUUACUGUAUAUUGGUUUGCUUGCAAUAUGUUACUUGAUUGGCGUGACAUGGGCUGAAUCGGCAGCUUUAAGCAAUCUAACUUCAAGUAACGUUCCAGCUUCAAAUGCAAAUGUAUCACACAAUGUUGACGUUGCAAAUGUUAGUAAAAUAAUCAGUAGUACAAUUGCAACAAAUGUUUUGGCAUCAAGUACAGCUGCAUCUCCCAAUAGUACAACGCCUAAAACUUGUGUUUGUGACGGUGCUUUGCUGCCACGCCUCAGCGAAAAUGGCAAGCAGUUGGAAAUAUGUCAGGAAUGCAAGUGCAAACAUAAAGCACGGAAUACUACAUUAACGAAGGUCGUUGUUAUAAUUGUUAUAUGGAUCAUUUCCAUAUUGGUAAUCUAUAUGCUGUUCCUGAUGUGCCUGGAUCCAUUGCUGAACAAACGUGUGAAGGCGAACUAUCAGGAGCAUACCAAUGAAGAUGAUGAUACAACCUCCACUACACCGCCAAUGCCCAGCUCAAGAAAUCAGGAGUUAAAUUCACGUGCAAAUGUCUUGAAUCGUGUAGGUCACCAGCAGGACAAAUGGAAACGUCAAGUGCGUGAGCAACGUCGCCAUAUUUACGAUCGGCGUACAAUGUUAAACUAAGCAAAUCCAAAUUAAGAAAAUAAUCUAUAUAUAUGUAUACAUAACACGGGUAUAAUUGGUUUAUAUUCUAUAUUAUAUUUGCA